GCCACUGACCAGGCAUUGCUUCACAGACAACUUCGGCAUCCCCCACCCUGCUGACAUUCACAAUCUCUACAAGCGCGAGCUCCCAGCUUCUCAGGAAUCCUAUGCUUCUGGUGCCGCCUCAAGCACGUUCGCGGCACCAACACUGCUAUCAUCGUCGAGCAAUAUCUCCAAUUCCACAGGCGGAGAAACCGACCUAACAUCGCUCUCACCUUCUCGCAUUCUCGCCCCAGCUCCAUCAAUACAGUCCCCUAUCGCGCAGAAGGUGGUUCCGCCUUCGCCUACUCGAGCUCGCACUCAGCAUGUGCAAACUACUGCACCCCGGAUCGACACUGCCAUCGCGCAGCAAACCGGUAACACAGCAGCAAGCCCCAUGUCGCUCGAGUCCCCUGGUCUGAACCACGGGUCUAAGAGGACCGCAAGUGGAAUCAUCAAGACAGCAGACGCAGUGGUACACAGCCCCACCGCUACUCCAUCUGCUCCAUCUGCUCCAUCUGCUCACAAAAGGACAAAGAGUACGGGGUCGAAUACGCGGAUUGGCGAGCUCUCCGCGCAACUCAAGACUCGAUUGUCCUAUGCGAUGAUCAAAGUCCAGAACGGUUGGGAGAAGCAGUCGCUAGAGGAAUUGGAAGACCAAACUUCUCAACGCGGGUCGCCUUCGUCAGCACCAGCUGCGACCGAAAGAUUGACAUUCGAAUCCCCUCGCCCUACCAUGCGGAGACCAAGUGGUGUAUCUGACUCCGAUUUUCCCAUGAUGUCUCCCGGCCAAGGUAGUCCCUCGUACCUGGGGCUGCCACACGUCGCCGUUACUUCUGGUAAGCGUGUCGCGUCAUGCUUAGUGGCAUUCGUAUUCCUGUCUAACCGAAUCCUUGCAGCAGCCUGGCCUGCAGGAACCUAUGCGGUAUCUCCACUGGGGAAAGGCAAUGGUCCUGUUCUAGCACCUCCCGCAGAAAUUGGUCCCCGAAGAAAGAGACGGUCAAGUGCUUCGCAUGCACCUCCACCUCUGCUGGGGUCAGGUCAGCGAAAACAUUACAGUGACCUUGGAAGUAUGAGUGCACCACGCACGCCAACCUCGACAUCAACACCCAGGGCAGGUAUCCUCCGUAUGCCGAGCCAACAGGCUGAGAAAGAUGCAGUCGAUACUCUACUUUUCAUGAGCAGUCCAAAUAAUUCAGGCCGGAUUCCACACACCAGCGCAGAUGCUCAACCCAGUCCUCUACGCACAGAAGUUUCCACGAGACGCGUCAUGUUCGACCAUACUGCCCAAGAGAGGUACAUGGCCAGUCAAUCGCAGCAUAUGGGUCCCAAUGGUCAACCUGCACCCCAAUAGGCGGAUACCGCGCGAUUGACCCAUGUACUCGGAUCGGCGCGACCACUGAUCGAAUUCUAGAAGAACGAUUUGCAUGCAUUGCACAGUUGGCGUUGUGGUGAUACCCAGAAAUUCCCUUUUUGCGACUUGCACGAAACGCAAGGUGGACUGGCAGAGGUACUUGCU